GCGGCGCCGGGGGUGUUCCGCGCCUUCGCCCUGCCCGCGGUGCAGUUAAGAUGCGCCCCGGACACCGUGUGGUUGCAGCGCGGCGGCGCUGAUAUCGCUCACCAUGGACAGCUUCGACUUAGCUCUCCUUCAGGAGUGGGACCUGGACUCUCUGUGUGUCUACGAGCCGGAUAGAAACGUGCUGCGAAGGAAAGAAUGGGAAAGGAGAAAUCAAGAGGCUCAGCAGGAGGAUGGCACAUUUAACACGAGUUACUCCCUCUUCAGUGAACCAUACAAGACUAACAAGGGUGAUGAGCUCUCGAAUCGCAUCCAGAAUACGCUGGGCAACUAUGAUGAAAUGAAAGACUUGUUAACUGACCGAUCAAACCAGAGCCACCUUGUUGGGGUUCCAAAACCUGGUAUUCCUCAGACAUCUCUCCUCAAGGCCGAUGAACAUCUUAUUGCAGACUCGAGGACACCUCCUCCCGUUUCCAGCACCGCUUCUUCCACACCAGCUCCACCUGCCCAGCAGAGCAAAAGCGCCACAAUGGGUUGGCAGAAGGCUGGGCACAAUGUGGCUUUGGACGGCCAGCAGAGAGCAAGCAAGCAUGGGCACCGGUCACUGGAGUCACACAAGGGUGACUUCAAACUGGCGAGCCAGAAAUCCAGUCUGGAGAAACUAAAACGUUAUGCAUCGAGUCCCUCCUCCUCCAACACCACCCAGCCAAGCUCGCUGAGGGCUACACUGGGUGACAAUGUCAACAGAGUGCAGCAGCCAGCGAAGCUCAACUGUGGCUCAGAAGGAGGAGCUCCAGCACAAGAGAGGCCAGCAAAGCAUGCUGGUGGGCACUGUGUCCAAAACUUCCCAUCCUCUCUUGCUUCGAAGCCCAGUCUGGUUCAGCAGAAACCAACAGCCUAUGUAAGGCCAAUGGAUGGUCAAGACCAGGCUCCUGAUGAGUCUCCAAAGCUGAAGUUGCCAGCAGAGACGACCAAGUCGUACAGGGGAGUGCCUUCUAACAAGCUUAAUUCAGCCAGGACCAAGUCAAAGAUAGCCAAGUUCAGCAUUCCUAAGCAAGAAGAGGACAGUGGAACAGGAGAUAACAGCUGCAUUGAAGAGAUAUUACGGGAGAUGACCCAUUCUUGGCCUCCACCAUUGUCAGCUAUUCACACACCAGGAAAGGCAGAACAAAGCAAGUUUCCCUUCCCAAGCAAGGAGUCACAACAGGGAUCUACAGGACACAGCAAUACAAGGAAAAGUGAUGUAGAGCCAAAGAGUCCAGAGAAAAGUGCAACCAAUACAUCAAUGCUAGAAGAUGACCUCAAGUUAAGCAGUGACGAAGAAGAGAAUGAUCAGCAGGCAGCACAGAGAUCUGCUCUCCGCGUUCUAUCUGACAGCCUGGUGGUGCCACAGUGCAACGCCCGAGCGUCAGGACUCAGCAGCAAGGGGUCGAGUAGCAGCAGCUCCAGUGAAUCUGAGACCAGUUCAGAGUCUGACUCAGAGAGUGAAAGCAGCUCCAGCGAGAGUGACGGCAGCAAGCCCUCUCAUUACUCCAGCCCAGAGCCCGAGCCACCCUCCUCCAACAAGUGGCAGCUGGACAAGUGGCUGAAUAAAGUCACCCCCCACAAAGCACCCAUCCUGACCCACCAUGAUGGCCCAGCGCUGGAGGCCCAUCCCUACUACGGCCGUGUGAAGGCAGAGAGGCAGGAAAGCGAGAAGGCUCCACCCACUGGCCCGGCCGAGCACCGCGGUGGCGAGGGCCGCAGCGCGGCUACCGUCGCUGCUGGGGACGGACCACGGCCCAGAACUGCCAACAAAGCGCCAAGCAGCAAAGGAAGCCGGCAAAAGUCACCGCCUGCUGCCGACGGCGGGCCUCCGAGGCGAGCGGCAGGGAAAAAGGCACCGCGGCGGGCUGAGCGGACCUCUGCUGGGGACGGUCCCCACUGCUCUGGCACAGAGGAGCCUCCCGGGAGUCAUGGCUUUCCAGAAAGCACCGCUGGUGAGGUGCCGAGGGCCCGGUCCAGUAGCAGCAGUGGCUGCAGAGUAGGGCACCGCCGAGAGCCCCGUUUGGCUGCAGCUGGGGAGAAGCGUCGGGCCCGGGGGCCAAGCAAAACAGCGCCAAAAUCCAAGGAGUUCAUUGAGACCGAGUCUUCAUCCUCAUCAUCCUCUUCUGACUCAGGCUCUGAGUCAGAACGGGAGGAGCGCCCGCUGCCUAAGGUGCCAGCCACAGCUGGGCCUGAGCCGCGUGCCAAGGACGCGGGGAACAGCGCCGCCGCCAAAUCCCACAGUGGCUGCAGUGCCUUUGGCUCGAUUAAUGCCAGGACUAGUAGUGAAAUAGCAAAGGAGCUGGAGGAACAGUUUUACACCCUGGUUCCUUUCGGUAGGAAUGAGCUCCUGUCUCCUCUGAAAGACAGUGAUGAGGUAAAGUCACUGUGGGUCAACAUUGACUUGGCUCUUUUGUCCAGGAUUCCAGAGCGUUUGCCCGAAGAGCCGCUGGCCAUGAGCACAGGAACAAACCAGGUGGCCAGCCUCCUGCAGGGUAGUAGUGUUGACCUCCCAACAGAGAAGUGUUUACCGAAAUCUAGAAGGAAACGUAAGUGUGAGAAUGAGGAAGAGUGCAGAGACAUCAAGAAGACUCACUUAGAGCGAGAGAGCUCUUCACGAUUAGCUGCCCCUGCCCACAGCGUCACAACAGCAAAUCACUGUACUGCGAAUGAAAACAGCAUGGCAAUACCAAUAAAUAAAAAUGAGAAAAUGCUUCGGUCACCUGUCUCUCCCCUCUCUGAUGCAUCAAAACACAAAUAUUCCAACGAUGAUUUAACUUCCUCCAGCAGACCUAAUGGCAGCAGUCUAUUACCUUCCAUCUCCUCCAGCAAAAAACAUAAGGGUGAAAUCCAGUCUCAGCCACAUCCAGGAGACUUCAAUAAAGCAGUUCACAUCAAUUCAGAAAAUGUUCUUCUCUGCAAUAAGCCACAGUCUCAGACAGAAUCUUGGUCACUCAUGUCCAGCACACCCAGGGACUGCAGAAGGACGAAGCUUAUCUUUGAUGAUAUGCCACACAAUGCAGAUUACUUUAUGCAGGAAGCUAAGCGGAAGAAGCAUAAAGCAGAUGCAAUGGUGGAAAAGUUUGGAAAGGCACUGAAUUACGCAGAAGCGGCACUAUCGUUUAUUGAGUGUGGAAAUGCAAUGGAACAAGGCCCAAUGGAAUCUAAAUCCCCUUACACAAUGUAUUCAGAAACAGUUGAACUCAUAAGGUAUGCAGUGAGACUGAAAACCCACUCAGGCCCCAGCGCCACACCAGAAGACAAACAGCUGGCAGCAUUAUGUUACCGCUGCCUGGCCCUUCUGUACUGGAGGAUGUUCCGACUGAAGCGAGACCAUGCGGUCAAGUAUUCAAAAGCGCUUAUUGAGUAUUUCAAGAAUUCAUCAAAAGCUGCCCAGAACCCAUCUCCUUGGGGUGCCAGUGGAAAGAGCACAGGAACUCCAUCACCCAUGUCCCCUAGCCCUUCUCCAGUCAGCUCUGUAGGAUCCCAGGGGAGCACAGGGGCCCCUUCCCCAUCUCCUAUCAUCAGCAUCCCACAGCGUAUUCAUCAGAUGGCUGCCAACCAUGUCAGCAUCACCAACAGCAUCCUGCACAGCUAUGACUACUGGGAAAUGGCUGACAACCUGGCCAAGGAAAACAGAGAUUUUUUUAAUGACUUGGAUGCAUUGAUGGGACCUAUCACCUUGCACAGCAGUAUGGAGCAUUUAGUUCAGUACACUCAACAAGGACUUCACUGGGUGCGGAGCAGUGCUCACUUGUCGUAAUGACUGUGUGCCAUUCACAUGGACAGUAUACCUUUCAUGGAUAAUUCAGUUAUUCUGGACACUGUGCUACAGAAAUAGUCAACCACGGCAAUGAACCAAACUAAGGUGAACAUUUCUUACAGUAUUGAGCAAAAGUUUUCUGAGUGCAGACAUCCCUGUGUGCAUAUGUGCAGUACACAAUGAUGUCUCUUCAGGAUUAAUUGUUCUGUACCAUUCUCCAAACGUUUCCAUACACUUGAAAUACUGGCAUGAACUGAUCUUAAUGCACAGAAUACAUCCUUUCAGUUCUUGUGCAGAAAAUCUCAGAAACCAAAACCUCAUGGGUUGAUUGAACCAAGUGCAAUAAGCACAGAUCCCUAAUCAGGAAAGCUCUCAAUAGAUUCUUACCUUUAAGCUCAUACUGAAAUCCCAUCGACUUCAGCAGAGUUUAAGCACAUACACAAGAGCUUUCCUGACCUAGAAUGAAUGAGGGUAAAUCACAGAGGUGGAGAACUUUCACUAUGAACGUGGACAUGUCACAGAAGUUUCAAUAUUAAUGUGCCAUCUCCCUGUUACUUCCCCACUGGGACAUACAGAGGAGUUGUGCACCCCACAUUAAGUUGGAGAAAGACAGCAUUCCAUCAUAUGCAAUAAGUUUCAACAAAUUGCAUGCAUUUCUUUGUCUCCUGUCUUUUUAAAUAACUUCACCUCUUGUUCAGCUCCUCACCAACAGUAUAACCUACAGUGUCAAGCAAAAAGCCUGAAAAAAGGUAUGCUGAUAGCAAGAACUUAAAAGAGAGGGUGGAAAAUUGCAUUCUGUUACUGAUAGUAAAUAAAUGAAUAAAUAAGGCAAACUGCAAUCCACUUAGUAAAGAAAAGGUGUUGGCUUCAGCUGUGUGUACACAGAGAUAUCCGUAACAGUUGUUGGCUUUGCGUGGGAAGACUUCAUCCCACAGAUUUUGAAUUUUGCAUCUUUUUCAUCUAGCAGACUCUUGCAGCAUUUUCUUCUAGGCUGUAUGGGAGCAUUACAUGCAAUUUCCUUUAUCUGGGAAGCUGAGUUUGCUGCUCAUCAGGCUAAGAACUAUUUCCUAUCAUAAUCUGCUCACUAUUCAUGCAUAAUCCUCAACUAGGCUUUAAUGUUUCUUGACUUAUGGAAUG